UGCCGCCCGAGUGGGAGGGGGCGGGGCAGGCGCUGACAUCCCCUGGCGCUUUUUCUCGUGCGGGCGCGCGCUCCGCCACCCUGCGUGCAGUUACACACACACACCCCCCCAGAGGAGGCUGAGGCGCGCCCUGACCAGGAUGCGUCGCGCCUUGCGCACCUCAGGGUUCCUCUGGCCCAGAGAUGGCCUUCGGCUGCCCAGGAUCACCUGUCUGGCUGACAUCAGAUACCUGAAGGAAUUUCGUACAGAGCAGUGUCCGCUUUUUGUGCAGCACAAGUGUACACAGCACAGGCCCUACACAUGCUUCCAUUGGCACUUUGUCAACCAGCGUCGUCGCCGGUCUAUUCGUCGUCGGGAUGGCACCUUUAACUACAGUCCUGACAUUUAUUGUACCAAAUAUGAUGAGACCACAGGGAUCUGUCCAGAAGGAGAUGAGUGUCCAUUCCUGCAUAGAACUACUGGUGACACAGAGCGAAGAUAUCACCUGCGAUACUACAAAACUGGAAUCUGUAUCCAUGAGACUGACUCUAAAGGAAAUUGCACCAAGAAUGGCCUCCAUUGUGCUUUUGCUCAUGGCCCCCAUGACCUCCGCUCCCCUGUGUAUGAUAUCAGGGAGCUUCAGGCCAUGGAGGCUUUGCAGAAUGGUCAGACCACAUCAGAGGGUGGCAUAGAGGGUCAGUCUGCAGUUGCCGCUAGCCAUGCUAUGAUAGAGAAAAUACUCAGUGAAGAGCCAAGGUGGCAAGACACAACAUAUGUUUUGGGAAACUACAAAACAGAACAGUGUAAGAAGCCCCCGCGUCUUUGUCGCCAGGGUUAUGCCUGCCCUUACUAUCAUAAUAGCAAAGAUAGAAGAAGGAGCCCUAGGAAACACAAAUACAGGUCCUCCCCAUGCCCUAGUGUGAAACAUGGAGAUGAGUGGGGAGAUCCCAGUAAGUGUGACAAUGGAGAUGCAUGUCAAUACUGUCACACCCGCACAGAGCAGCAGUUUCACCCAGAGAUUUACAAAUCAACAAAAUGCAAUGACAUGCAGCAGUCUGGCAGCUGCCCCCGAGGACCCUUCUGUGCCUUUGCACAUGUAGAACAACCUCCACUUAGUGAAGAGUUACAACCAACAUCAACUGUUUCCAGCCCAACGCAAACAGGCCCUGUAAUGUAUAUGCCCUCAGCAGCUGGUGAUUCUGUUCCUGUCAGCCCCUCUAGUCCACAAGCCCCAGACCUUAGCAAUGUAUGGAAUAAACCGGGAACUCUGCCAACUAGCCCCACCUCCACUACAAUUCUCUGUAGGAAUAGCAGUCUUGGAAGCCCAUCUAAUAUAUGUGGGUCCCCUCCUGGUGCAAUUGGAAAACCCCAUAGUUUGGAAAGCAUCGGCUUUCCCACAGAUUCUGUAGCUACAUCCAGCACCUACAAGAAGGCACCUGGGUUUGAACGAGAAGAUGUGGUUGGAGCAGAGUACCUAAAGAGUUUCAAAUGCCAGCAGGCAAAACUAAAAUCUCAUUCCUUGGACCACAGAACUCAAGAACAGCCUUUAUUACAGCCCAAGCAGGAUAUAUUGGGAAUUCUUCCUGCUGGCAGCCCACUGACAUCUAGCAUCUCCUCUAGUAUCACUUCUAGUUUGGCAGCAACACCACCAAGCCCAGCAGGCACCAGCAGUGUCCCAGGCAUGAAUGCCAAUGCCCUUCCAUUCUACCCCACAAGUGAUACAGUGGAAUCUGUAAUAGAGUCUGCCUUGGAUGACCUGGACCUGAACGAAUUCGGAGUGGCUGCCCUGGAGAAGACAUUUGACAGCAGCUCGGUGCCCCACACGAGUGGCAUCAUGAUAGGUGGGAGUUUGCUGCAAAGUUCUGCUCCUGUAAAUAUCCCUGGGUCCCUUGGAAGUUCUGCCUCCUUUCACUCUGCCUCUCCUUCUCCACCGGUCAGCUUAUCAUCGCAUUUCCUCCAUCAGCCCCAGGGACACUUAAGCCAAUCAGAAAACACAUUCCUGGGGACAUCAGCUUCUCAUGGAUCAUUAGGUUUAAAUGGGAUGAACAGCAGCAUAUGGGAGCACUUUGCUUCUGGAAGUUUUUCACCCAGUACCUCGCCUGCAUUUCUGUCAGGUCCAGGUGCUGCUGAGUUGGCCAGGUUGCGGCAGGAAUUAGAUGAAGCUACCAACACGAUAAAACAGUGGGAAGAAUCAUGGAAGCAAGCUAAACAGGCCUGUGAUGCAUGGAAAAAAGAAGCAGAGGAGGCGAAUGAUCGUGCCAGCACGGCAACCUUAGAAUGUGAGCUAGCCCGAGAACAGAGAGAAGCCUUGGAACUGCAAGUGAAGAAACUCCAGGAAGAAAUGGAGAGGAUCCACACUGGCCAGGACCCCCAGUUCCUGCAUUCGCUCUCAGAGUUAGAGAAUCUCUCCCUUUCUACACUCUAUAGCCUGCAAAAACAGCUGCGAGCCAACCUGGAAAGAGUCGAUAAGGUGAGUUUGAGUGAGAGGCUUUGUCCCACAGUGUUCAACCAUUUAUAUCCGAAUUAAGAGCUACCAGUGCAGAAUUGAAAUUCUGAACCCAAAACCAACUAUAAAAGGCUGCCUUCUUUCUUCGUCAGGAAAAGCCUCCCUUCCUUUGAUCCCACUCUCUGCUGAUCCCCAGCUCUUCUUUCAUGGUUCAUUGGAAAGCCCGCGAGCUGUUUAAAGUGUUGCAUGACAUUCAGGAGA